CCGGCCGCUCACCAGUGCCGAUCAAAAUAUCAUCAUUAUCGCCGCGAAAGUGAAUUCGAUUAUUGUACACAUCGAGAUUGAAUUCAAAAUUAACGUUUUUUUUUAGUGUUUGAGUAUAUAAUAUCUAUAACACUUUCAGUGUACAAGUAAUUACAAAUUAGAAAAAUGAUUUAUCUAAUCGCUUCGAUUUUCCUGCUCACAUACCAAGUUCACGGCCAGAGGGAAGAGUUCAAGUGUCCGGACGAGUACGGGUUUUACCCGCACACCACAUCAUGCGACAAGUACUGGAAGUGCGACAACAACGUUGCCGAGCUGAAGACUUGCGGCAACGGAUUGGCGUUCGACGACACCGACCCCAAAUACUUGAAAGAGAACUGCGACUACUUGCACAACGUGGACUGUGGUGCCCGAACGCAAUUGGAACCGGCCAUCAGCACGCCCCACUGUCCCAGACUGUACGGAAUCUUCCCAGAUGACGUCAAGUGCGAUACCUUCUGGAACUGUUGGGGAGGCGAAGCCAGUAGGUACCAGUGUUCUCCUGGAUUAGCUUACGAUCGCGAAUCCAGGGUGUGCAUGUGGGCUGACCAAGUGCCCGAGUGCAAGGUCGAAGAAGUGGCUAACGGUUUCAACUGUCCCGCCGCUGGUGAAGUCGUAGCUUCUAUCGGGUCGUUUAGCAGACACGCGCAUCCAGACGACUGCAGGAAGUACUACAUCUGUCUUGAAGGUACACCUAGAGAAUACGGAUGUCCCAUCGGUACGGUGUUUAAAAUUGGUGACGCCGACGGCAGCGGAAAUUGUGAGAACCCGGAGGACGUGCCCGGAUGUGAGGAUUACUACGGAGACUUGGAUCUGAAGGCGAUUAGAAAGAGCGAGUUGUUAUCUGGACUAGAAAACACCAAGCCUAAGACGUCCGAACCAGCAGCGCCUAAGGCUCCCAAAUCUCAGCCACAAAGGGCCACUCAACAACCAAGGCCACAACAGCAGGCCGCUCAACAACAACAACAACAACAACAAAGGCCACAACCGGCCAUUCCACAGGGAUCCAAAGACUACGAAGAUGCCUGAACAUUACCUACCGCGCGUAGCCCGGUCACUACACAAGACUAAUAACAAACUUUAAAGAAGUUUUUUUUUAAUUAUAUUUUGUAUUUUCUUAAAUUUAAAUUGAGUGAGCACUGGGAUAUAUUAAUGGGAUUAUUUAACGUUCCCAGCAUACGUAUAAUGUUAGACUAAUCUUCGUUUAACAUUGCAUAAUUAUUAGUGCUCACACAAUUUAAUCCAUUUUAUUAUUAUUAUUAUUAUUUUUAUUUGUUUCCUCUUUUUUCUUUUUAAUAAUUAUAUGGCAAUCGAUGUGCCUGUCAAAUAUCCACAGCUAUAAUUUCCAAUUUAUAUAAAUUAUUCCAUAUUCAAUUUUUGCUUUUACAUGUUAUACGAUGAGUUGUUUAUUACGUUGAAUUUUUUUGUUUCCCAUUCAAGCGCAAAAUCAAAAAGAAAAAAUUCUUAGGUGUUCAUUUUUUAAAUAUUAUAACUACUUCCUAGUUUUUGUUGUAUCUAUGAUAAACUAAACCGUCCGUCCAUAAUUAAUAGUUGGUAUAUUACUAUACCUAUAGUUAUUUUGUGUAAAU